AUGAGAAAAAAAACACAGCUAUUGAAAAUUAACGCAACAAACCAAACCCAACUCAAAAUUCAGGGUAAGGCCAUCAAUGAAGUUGAUGACUUCACUUACCUGGGCAGUAAUGUAAGCAAAAAGGACAGCACAAGUAAAGACAUCAAAUCAAGAAUAGCCAAAGCCAGGAAUGCCUUCAUAAAACUAAAUCCAAUUUGGAAAUCCAACCAAUACAGUCAGAAGCUUAAACUCAAGCUAUACAAUAGCAAUGUAAAAUCUGUCCUUCUCUAUGCAUCCGAAUGUUGGCGUGUAACAAAAUCCGACAUGAUCAAGUUAUCAACUUUCCACAAUAGUUGCCUGAGGAGAAUUUGCAGAAUAUUCUGGCCAGUGAUCAUCUCCAAUGACGACCUUUAUAGGCAAACACAUUCUAAGGACAUUAUUAUUGAAAUUAAGAGCCGAAGACUGAGAUGGUUGGGCCAUGUUCUUAGAAUGCCACAAGACUCAAUCCCCGAAACAGCACUUUGCUGGACACCACAGGGUCAACGAAACAGAGGGAGGCCAAAAACCACAUGGAGAAGAACCAUUACCACAGAACUUGUCCAAGCAAACCUGACCUGGAGUAGUGCAGAAAUGGUGGCCAAGGAUAGACAGGAAUGGAAGAACCUGAUUGCAGCCUUAUGUUCCGGUGUGGGAUGA